AUUUUAAAUUAAAGACCUCGAUCAAACUAUGUCACAAAAUUUUUACAUCCCAAAUUGACUUCCUGUGCAGAGAGGAAUAUCAGAAAUCACAAACAUUUCUGUUCCACUAAACGUUCUGAGUUUCCAGUCUAUCCCGAUACAAUUCAACACCCUCCCAGAAGGACAGAAGUUAUCUUAUAAUGACUUCCCAGAAUGCUAUUCAAAUCUCCAGAAAUGAGCAAAUGAGAGCCAAAAUACCCCGCUUAAUUUAGAAAGUCAGAAAGAAAACGAGAACUUCGAAUUAGCUAAAUUAUUGGCAAGUAACCAUCUGCGCAAGGUAUCUCCCAAAUCUACAGAAGCUUGAGGAUCAGAAAAUGUGUAUACCAGCUCAAAAGAAGAUCCUUCUCAUGACAUCAAGAAAAAGGAAAAGAGUCUCUCUGAGCUUACGAAGAACUUCAUGAAGAGGUAUGGGUCCAAGAAUGAUAUUGUCAUCCCACUUGACAAGUGUACUACCCACCUUAACACAGAGAAGAGAAGGGUCUAUGAUAUAAUGAAUAUAUUUGAAGGCUUUGGCGCUGUUUCGCGCAAAGCUAAAAAUUUAUACUCCUGGAAGGGAUUGUCACAAAUAUCUAUCGCUCUUGACAAUAUUUACCUCAGAUGAAAUGAAAUUAUUGAGGAAAAAUUCUUAAAGGAAAGCGCCUUAGAUGAGAAAACUAUUGAUACUGCUCUCUCUAAGUAUAAGUUUGAAAGAGUUAAGUCUCUUGGAUUUUUAUGAGAAGCAUUCAUCUGACUGUUCAUUCUAUGGAAGCCAAUUAUCAGCCUUGAAGAAGCUGCAAAGAAAAUUUCCACCAUCUUGCUCAACGAAAGUCAGCUUAAGACCAAAGUCAGAAGACUAUAUGAUAUUGCCAACGUUCUUUGAGUGCUUAAAAUCGUGAAGAAAACACUUUUGAAGACCGGGAAACCCGCAUUCCAGUGGAUUGGCAGAUCUGGCAUUGAAGAAUUUUCCCUCUCAAUUGGAGAUAAAAUUUUAAGCGAUGAAGAUAGUACCCAAAAAGAAGUCAAUUCCGCAAUUAGUAACGAAACAGCGCAAAAUAUUCCUGAGAAACGAGAAGAUUCAUCCUCCGCUUUCACAAGAACAGUUCCUUCAUCAAAAAAUUUAAAUUCUAUUAAUGUAGAUUCUCUUGUGAACAACCUUCCUCUUGGCCUAAAUGAGCAAUCCUUAGAUCUUCUUGAAGGUAUUGUAAGAGUUCUCAGAAGAAGACUUCAAGAUGAAAAACAAAGCACCAAAUAAGGUGCCAAACUUCACCAAAGUGUGCACUAAUUAUUACUAAAACUAGUGGUCGCCUCUGAUUUAAUUUAUCCAUCUUAAAUUUAAU